AUGUCAGACUUGUCUAUGUAUGAGCUUGAAGAUAUUAUUUGGGAUGACUUUGAUCAAGGUGAUGACCAUAUAGUACCAGACCCUACUAAUGCUCGAACUAGUAGAAAUUCAUUUGAAGGAGACAUCUGUAAGAAGCCUAAGCGUGAAACAACUUCUGUUUUGAGCAAAUUUGGAAACCUUAAUGCUUCCAACACUAUUUGUCAAGAAAAGUCUGAAAGUGCCACAAAGCUGUUAGAUAAGAAAAAGAACAUGAUGGAGAAGGAAUCAUCAUUCAAUGCUUCAUGUGAUGUUGAGAUAGUAAAAGCCACAUCUGAUGACACUCGAAUGUCAGAUAAGUGCUUCAAAAAUUGCUAUGUCACAUCAGCUGCAGGUGAUCUUUUAUAUUAUGGGUGGCCUGAUAUUGGAAACUUUGAGGAUGUUGACAAUAUGUUAAGAAAUUGCGAUUCAUCAUUUGGACUAAACAAUGAUGAAGAACUUGGGUGGUUUGCAUCAGACCAAAUUGGGGGUGAUACUGAAGAAGCAUUAAAGAUGGAUUUCAAAUUUCCAAGUGCUUUAAACGAUGAAUCUAACAAGAGUCAUGUAAUGGAGAGUUGUGGUGAUAUUUCAUUUGAAGGGAAUGCUACUGGAGUUGAUGAACAAAAACAAGGAUUUCAACCAUUAUUUGUUGGAAGCCCGAUACAGAUGAAUACAAUGUUUCAGUCUUCAAACAGUGUUUUGAGUUGUGCUGAAAAACAAGCUCAUUUAUCUAAAAAGGAACUUGGAAGUGAAAAUGGUGUAGGAGUUCAUCAGAAAGGGAUUUCAUUAGAGAUGGGUUCAUUAAAUGUGCCUGAAAUCUCUUCCAUUAGUUCUGAGCUUGAUGAAAUCUCACUUGAAGCAACUAGUUUUCGCCAGCUACAACAGGUUAUGGAACAGUUGGAUGUGAGGACAAAGUUAUGCAUAAGGGAUAGUCUAUACCGUUUGGCCAGAAGUGCUGAGCUACGACAUAAUAAUCCAAGCCUAAGUAGCAGUGCUACAGAUAUUAAUGAUAGUAAUAAUGGAUUGAUGGAUGUGGAAACCGAUACAAAUCCUAUAGAUCGGUCUGUAGCGCAUUUAUUGUUUCACAGGCCUUCAGAGUCACCUAGUCUGAAGCAUGGGUCGAUGAAGGGGGAGAAAGCUGUUUGUGAGGAAGGUGAAGCAAACAACAAGUGAAAUUAGGAGAGAGUUGUAUGUAGUUGUUGUGGAAUACAUAAUGAUAAUGUAUAAAAUGAUCCAAAAGGUGGCCCAUCGUCAUGUAUUAAGUUAAACGACUCGGGCUUUUACUGUUUCUUGGUGUAUAUUCUUGUGUCUUGAUAAUAAUUUUAUGUCUUAGAUUUUUAACCCACAAGCCACAACUCUUGAUGGAAAAUUUAUGUGGAGAAAAAAAAAUAUACAUGGCUUUUUUGUGAUGACUUGAAAAAUAUCAUGUCAUUGCUUACAAGGCUUAAGAACACAUUGAUGAUCAGAGUACAAAAUAGUACAUGCAGACUCCUUAUAUAAAAAAGUUAAACAAGUUGUAACAAACUGAAAAAAUACAUGGUUUCUUUAUAGAGAAAUGUGUUGUUAAUCAAUCAAACUGCUGUCGAAGGUGCAUCUCCGUUUCACUUUUCCAUGUGGCAUGUGAUGAUUGGCCUUUCAUACGCUUAUUCUUUUCCUUAUCUUUAAUCAUAGACCCUUUCUUCUUAGAUGUUUCAUCCGUGUUUGUGUCUGCAACUGGACGAUCCCCACACACAGGGCAUACCAUCCCCCGUGCAUUAGAGAAUGUCUUGGGUAUCCCACACUUCACACACAUCCU